AUGAUAUCCAAGACCAACAACCUUGAGAAUUUGAUUCUAAUUGUAAUUCCUUCACAAUCUCAAUUGUCCUCUGAUUUUUACUCAACAACAUGUCCGAAUGUUCUUUCCACCAUUAAAACACAAGUAGACUCUGCUGUCAACAACGAACCUCGCAUGGGAGCAUCCCUCCUUCGUCUCCAUUUCCAUGAUUGCUUUGUUCAAGGGUGUGAUGCAUCAGUGCUAUUAGACGAUACAUCAAAUUUCACUGGAGAAAAGACAGCAGGUCCAAAUGCAAAUUCUAUAAGAGGUUUUGAAGUCAUUGAUACCAUAAAGUCUCAAGUAGAGAGCUUGUGUCCUGGUGUUGUUUCUUGUGCUGAUAUUCUUGCUGUUGCUGCUAGAGACUCUGUUGUUGCUCUUGGGGGGCCCAGUUGGACAGUGCAAUUAGGAAGAAGAGACUCAACGACAGCAAGUUUAAGCUCUGCUAACUCAGAUUUGCCAGGUUUCUCGUUCGAUCUAAGUCAACUUAUUACUGCUUUCUCCAAUAAAGGUUUCACAACCCAAGAAAUGGUUGCUUUAUCAGGAGCUCACACAAUUGGGGAAGCAAGAUGCGUGACCUUCAGACAAAGAAUCUACAACGAGAGUAACAUAGAUUCCUCGUAUGCAACAUCAUUGCAAGCGAAUUGUCCUAGCGUAGGUGAUGAUAGCAAUUUGUCACCAAUUGACACCACAACUCCAACAACCUUUGACAAUGCUUACUUCAAGAAUUUGCAGAGCCAAAAGGGUCUCUUCCACUCCGAUCAACAACUCUUCAAUGGAGGAUCCACCGACUCUCAAGUUACCUCUUAUGGCAGCGACGCGCAAACCUUUGCCACUGAUUUUGCUAACGCAAUGCUUAAAAUGGGCAACCUUAGCCCUCUUACCGGCACCACUGGCCAGAUUAGAACCAACUGCGCAAAAAUCAAUUGA